ACAUCUCUUAGCAAUCAACUCUGAUGGUAACAUGCCUUAUGACAUAUGUGAAGAUGAAGAAACGUUAGACUACAUAGAGUCACAGAUGGCAACGCAAGGUAUUACGCAAGAUCAAAUCGAUGAACUAAGAGAAAUUGUACCCAAUAAGAUGCUACAAGGAAUGCAAGAGAUCUAUAAGAAUGGAGGUGAUUUAGAGAUAAGAGACAAUGUAGGAGCAACACCACUCCACAUCGCCGUAGCCAAUGGUUAUGAGAAGGUGGUGCAGUACUUACUAAGCCACAACGUAGACUACGCUGCUCGGGAUAAUGAUGGUUGGCAACCAAUACAUGCAGCAGUUUGCUGGGCACAGGUAAAUAUCAUCACUCUCAGAACUACUAAUCAUCUUGCCCUAAAGCAGCUAUCACUAAUUGCUUUCCCUAUUUGCAGUAUUUUAUACUGUUGAUUCGGCAGAAUUCUUUUCUCACCCCAAAUCACACUACACACAUGUCUUGCAGAAAAGUUUAAAAUAUUGUGAUUCAACACCAAAUACUUUUCUUUCAUCCUUCAAAUACUGCAAUUCAUUUAACAGUAAAACUACGAAAUAAGCAUCUCUUCCUUCAGAGGGAGCAACAUGCAUGUAUCUAUUAUAUGCUUUUCUCACAAGCCAGAUUUUCCAUAACCUGUACUAAAAGUGGGGCUAAAUGACAAGGUAGCCCCACCUGUAGUCCAGGGGCCCGCCUUACAAAGACUUGCGUUUGAUCGGAUCAAUUAUAACUAUGGAAAGCCAUCAAAGUCGACAUAUAAAAUUGAUGUUUGCUCAAUUUUUUUUCUAGAUAUGAAUGCAUAUCCAUUAAUUCAUUGAUUUCUUGACAGUUUGGUGUGUUCUCCUUUGUUUACAAAGGAUAUUUUGCACAUUUCCUGUAGAAAACAUUAUGACACUGGUGGAUUUCCAUAGAGUUACGAUUGAUUGGAUCAAUCGUAACUCUUUGUAAGAUGGGGCCCAUCACAACAAGUUUGCAAAGUGGGCUAACCCUACCAAUAAGUAUAAGUAUUUAUUUAUUGUCCAUAAAUGGAAAUUCUUCUUGUUUACAUGCCGUGCAAAUUCAUAAUAAUGACAACAAAUUAUAUCAAUUCAUACACAAUACAUGAACAAUGAAAUCUACAUAUGGAACAUGGCAAUAAACAUAAUAUUACUUACAUAAUAAGUCAUAACAGUGGUUUUUUUUUAUAAGAAAGGCAUUUGGUAAGUUUAUUGCAAUUAAGGAGAUAUUAAAGAAAGACAUUAUUGGAUUGAAUUAAUUAUAAAGUAAAUUAUAUAUGUAGUAUAGGAUUCUCUGGGACUGCAAACUGGCUGAAUUAAAUUAUUUCUGCUCCCAUGGCGAACCAACACAUGCAUGGCAGCCUUUAUUUGUUAUUCCAUUUAUAGACUUUUCUUCUUUUUAAAACAAUUAUAUCAGGGUUGGUUUAAAAUGUAUACAUGUUAUGCACCGAUGAAUGGCAAUUUUUUCAUAAAGGGAUAAUAAAUCAUCAAUUCUAUUCAACUGAAUGAAAUGAUAUUUGAUCAGAGCUUGCCGGUUUCCGAGAAAUGUUUAUAUCGAACAAGAAAUGCUUCACUGGUAUAGUACUCUGUGUGGAUUCUUUCAUAACACUCCACAGCAGCAAUACUUUAAAAUGGGUUAAUACACUGCCGUUUGAAAUUUGCUUCCAUGAUUAGUUUUUGUGUUUUAUGGGUUGAAAAUUAUUAACGCAAAUGUUAGAGUAGAAGAGAAUGUAGAAUUAUGUUAACAUUCGUUCUGCAGAAUGGUUGUAACUUAAAGGGGAAUCCAACCCAAAUAUAAACUUGUUUUUAU